AUGUCUACCUCCUCCAAUCGCACGGCCCUUAGUCUCAUCGGCACACCCGGUUCCUACUCAGGCGCUUCCGACGCCACUCAGGCGCUGCUAGCGGAGAGCGCGGCGCGGCACCAGCACGAUCGCCGCUUGCUGGCGGAGAGUGCGGCGCAGCAUCAUCGUGACGUGGAUCGGCUCAGGCAGCGCGGCACCAUGUACGGCGUCGAGCUGAUCUUGCUCGCGCUUGCAAAAGUAACUCGCUAUAUCGCGCUCCUGGUACUGUGGAGCGGCCGCUCCCUCGCUCGGGCGGGGAUCGCCCUCCUCGCCGUCGCCCUCGCCGCGCUCCCCGUCCAGAUGAGUGCUGACGACCUCUUUGAGAUUGCCGUGAUGGCCUUUGACCCUUUGACGCGCGUUGAGCUCGUUGAGUCAGGCCUAAGAGCAAUCGGGGUGGACAGACUCCUCGCUCCCAGGCCGUUGGCCGCCCUUGUCAGAUGCAGCACCGCAAGUGGGUUGGCUGGCGAGCUGCUGCAGGCAACGACCGUCUUUGGCUGCGCCCUGCACCAGGCCGGCUCCGCUGUCUUCAUGUCACGACGGUGCUGCGCCGAUGUCUUCCCAGCAACCCCAGAGUUUCCGUGCUGA